CACACACACUCGUUCCUGUCUGCAGCUGAUUCGUAGUUUUGCAGGAAAAGUCGCGAACGUGUUAAACUUCUGGAGCUAAUUUGAGUUUCUGCGACAUUUUUUUGGAUUAUUUUUUAUUUUGAAAGGUUCUGCUGCAGGAUUUGGAAACUUUCCAGGAGGUUCCUCUGACAUCAGGAGCAUCUUUGGCUCUUUGGAUCUUCAGGGUUCUGGUCCUGAUGUCUGCUCUGAUGGAGGAGCAGGAGAACCCUCUGCAGAGGGACUGUUGUGUCUCUGUGGUUCUACCAGGAGGCAUGGAGAAGAACGCCACCGUGCACGGAAGUAAGCCAGUGAUGGACCUGCUGGUGACCCUCUGUGCCAGUUACCACCUGAACCCGUCCGACUACACCGUGGAGCUUCUGUCCCCCAACAAGAACCUCAUCAGCUUCAAACCAAACUCCCCCAUCGGUUCUCUGGAGGCCGACAAGAUCCUCCUGAAGCCCAAAGGAGGAGGAGCAGCGGAGGAGAAGGUCCGCAGGCCGUACAUGCCCGAGGCCUCGGUCCGUCUGCUGAUAAACUACAAUAGGUCCCAUAAGGCGGUGGUGCGUGUGAACCCUCGGGUUCCUCUGGAGAACCUGCUGCCCAUCGUCUGUGAUAAAUGUGAGUUCCCGGUAGGAAGAACCGUUCUGCUGAGAGACUCUCAGUCCAGAACCACGCUGGACCUCACCAAGAACCUCAACGAGCUCGGACUCAGGGAGGUGUUCGCCAAGGACACGGAGGCUGGAGAACAUCAGGACAGGAACCAGGAAGCAGCAGAAACACCAACAGAGAACAUCUCACCUCCUCCACCAGAGGAGCAGAAGAAGAAGCAGAAGGAGUCCUCGGGGUUCCUCAGUCUGUUCAGGAGGAGGAAGAAGAGACCAGAGGAGGGAGCGAGGAGCAGCUCCUCCUCUCAGCAGGAGGUCAGGAUGAAGAUCUCUCUGUCAGCUGAAGGACCCAAGAAGAGACGAGCUCCUCCUCCUCCUCCAACCAGCACCUCCUCUCUGAGCCUCCACAACCACCUGAGCUCCUGCCAGGGAGCUCCACAGCAGAGGUCUGCAGAGUCCACCCUGAGGAGCACCAAGAGGAGAGCCCCACCUCCUCCUGCUCCUCCUCCUGCAGACAGCCAGCAGGAGCUGCAGGAGCUGCAGGAGCCUGCAGAGACUAAAGGGAGCUUCGGUUCUUUUCUCACCGUGGAUCAUCUGAGAGAGAACGAUGAGUACGACUCCUUCAGCCUCUCCUCCUCUUCAUCACCUCGUCCAUCACAUGCUCGCUCCUCUUCAUCACCACAUGUCCGCUCCUCCCCCUCCUGCUCCUCCUCUCUGCCUCGUCGCUCCUUCUCCCAGCUCCAGAACGUGGCCGACUCUCUCCGUGGUAAAGAUCUCUCUGACGCCCGCGAGGCUCUCGCCAAAGUUCUGACCUCCUCCGUCUCUAGAACCACGCUGGUGAAACGUUUGAAGAACUCCGCCACGUUCCCCAAGUUCCACAGCACCUCCUCCUUCACGCCGGCGACCAGGAGGUGCUCCGAUAACGGAGAUGACUUCUGCACCGAGCUGGAGUCGGUUCUCAGGUCCGAACUCCCCACGGAGAACGAGUGGAACGAUCCGCUGCAGAGGAAAGGGAUGACCACGUUCAAGGUGGUUCCUCUGAAGAAACAGACGAGUCCAGAACCAGAAACAACCCAGAACCAGAGACCAGGAGGAGCUGAGAACCCAUCAGAACCAGAAGAAACCAAAGACCAGAGAUUAGAAGAAGUUAAAAAACGAUCAGAACCAGAAGAAACCAAGGACCGGAGAUCAGAAGAACCUGAAAACCAAUCGGAACCAGAAGAAACCAAGGACCGGAGAUCAGAAGAACCUGAAAACCGAUCAGAACCAGAAGAAACCAAGGACCAGAGACUAGAAGAAGCUGAGAACCGAUCAGAACCAGAAGAAACCAAAGACCAGGGACCAGACGAGGCUGAGAACCGAUCAGAACCAGAAGAAACCAAGGACCAGAGACUAGAAGAACCUGAAAACCGAUCAGAACCAGAAGAAACCAAGGACCAGAGACCAGAAGAAGCUAAAAACCGAUCAGAACCAGAAGAAACCAAGGACCAGAGACCAGAAGAACCUGAAAACCCAUCAGAAGCAGAAGAAACCAAGGACCAGAGACCAGAAGAAGCUGAGAACCCAUCAAAACCAGAAGAAACCAAGAACCAGAGACUAAAAGAACCUGAGAACAGAUCAGAAUCAGAAGAAACCAAGGACCAGAGACCAGAAGAAGAAGUUUCUCCUGAGAGAAAUCCACCUGAGACUUUGGACAGGUCAGAACCAGAACCAAACCAGGACCAGAGAGGAGGAAGAGAAGGAGUUUCUCCUGAGACUGAAGAGGAUCCAGGUUCUCCUGACGGAUCAGAACCACCUUCACAGAGUCCAGAACCGUCUUCUGAGGAGAUCCAGGCUUCUCCUCCAGCAGGAUCUGGUCUCCCUGAGGACACGGAGGAGAACCAAGAAGAUACAGAAGAGGAAGAACCAGCAGAACCCCCCUGUGAGGUUCAGAUCCACUCAGAGGUGGAUCCUUGUGGUCCAGAAGAAGAAGAACCAGAACCAGAAGAAGAACCAGAACCAGAUGAGGAGUGUUUCCCUCCUCCUCCUCCUCCUGUCUUCUUUGAUGAAAUCUUGCAGGAGGAAAACCUGCAGACUCCUGGAUUCAAUGGUUCUGGUCCUAGUCUUGGUCCUGGUUCUGGUUCUGGUUCUGGUUCUGGUCCAUCCUCCUUUGCAGCUGCAGUAGCCCUGGCGGUCCAGAGGUCCCGUCUCCAGAGCAGGAGUAAAGGUUUUGGGCCCCCUCAGGCCCCUGGGGGCCCCCACAGCUCCCUGCCCUCCCCAACCAGAACCACCUACCAGUACGGAGCCUGACGGAGAUGUUUCCUCUCAGCUUUAACUCUCCAACACCAAACUCCAGAUCCAUAAAAGACUAAAAGACUAAAAGACUAAAGGACUAAAGGUCAGCUGACAGACGGACUGCACCACUUUUAUCACUUUUCUGUUUUAUAUUUUUAUCUUCAGACACGUUGUUGUCUCGUCUUCUGUUCAUUCUGUCUGUGAGACGCCAAACCUUCCUGUUUCUCCUUUAUUUUCCUUUAUUUUUCCUUUAUUUUCCUUUAUUUUUCCUUUAUUUUCCUUUAUUUUUCCUUUAUUUUCCUUUAUUUUUCCUCUGAUGACGACGUGCCAAAGGAACGCUCCGCUAAAAGCUUUUUAAUCUCUUUUUGUUUAUUCUCUGGACUUUUUUAUUAUUAUUAUUAAUUAUUAUUAUUAUGAUGCAGUUGAUAUUUUAGCCAGCAGGUGGCAGAAGAGCUCCGUUUCUAAGUGUCUGAGGCCUUUUUUCACUCUGCUGGUGACACGUUCUGUCUAAUUUAAAGAGAAAUAUUGUUUAUUAAUGACUCAGGAGCAUGUAUGAAUAAUAUAUAUAACUAAUAUUUAAAUGAGUGUCCAUUUAAAGGACAUUAUAUGAGAAUUGUUCAUGCAUUUGCAACAAUAAAACCGUCAUGUUGGAAGCUUCCAUUCAAUAAAUCCUUAUUUUAUCAUAAUAAAUCCUUAUUUUAUCAUAAUAAA